CCACAACGAAAGAGUAUUUUCAGUGUUUGGUGCACUUUUCCAGGAACGUUUACCCACCGCACCUAAAACAACAACAACGGGUCUUAUGUGGCAUAUUAAAAUCACAAUUUGCGUUAUUUGAAAUGGAUGAUAGCGAGGAAGAGGAUGAAACCGAGUGGGAGAACAGUUUUGUUGAUCCGGUCGCUGCUGCUUCUGGAUCAAGUCUCAAUAAGACAUCAGCACAAGCACCUGCACACAGAGUCAUUCUGCAUUUUGACCUGGACUGCUUCUACGCUCAGGUGGAAAUGGUCAGAAACCCAGCACUGAGAGAAGUCCCUAUAGGUAUUCAGCAGAAAUACAUCAUAGUCACCUGUAACUAUGUGGCAAGGGAGCAGGGAGUCACCAAGCUGAUGUCUUUGACUGAUGCUAAGGAGAAAUGUCCUCAGCUGGUGCUGGUCAAUGGAGAAGACCUGACGCACUACAGAGAAAUGUCCUACAAAGUGACAGAGCUGCUGAUGUCCUACUGUCCACUGGUAGAGAGGCUUGGAUUUGAUGAAAACUUCAUGGACAUUACAGAGAUGGUAGAAAGAAAGUUAGCUGAGACACCAGAGUCCAACAACUUUUCAUUUAAAGGACAUGUCUACAACCAUUUCAGUGCAGAUGUUGAAGCUCAUGAUCAUCCAAGGUUGGCUUUAGGUUCGCACAUUGCAGCAGAACUGAGGGAAGCCAUCCACAGCAAAGUGGGUCUGACUGGCUGCGCUGGCAUCGCCUCGAACAAGCUACUGGCCAAACUGGUGUCGGGCACUUUCAAACCCAAUCAGCAAACCACGCUGUUGCCGGAAAAUGUCAGCGACAUCAUGGGCUGCCUGAGCAGUCUCUGCAAAGUACCAGGGGUGGGUUACCAAACUACUAAGAGACUCCAAGCCCUGGGAUUGGUCAGUGUGAAAGAUCUGCAGCUCUUCCCACUGAAUGACUUGGUGAGAGAGUUCGGAGGUCCCACUGCUCAGCGCUUGAAGAAUCUGGCGCUCGGUGUUGAUGACUCACCCGUCACCCCUACAGGGGCCCCUCAGUCUCUCAGUGAAGAAGACUCCUUCAAGAAAAUCUCAUCAACUAAAGACGUUUUGGAAAAGAUUCAAGAACUCCUGAGCAGUCUGGUGGAGAGGAUGCAAAAAGAUGGCAGGCAGCCUCAAACCUUUCGGCUUACAAUCCGUAGAUUCUCAGCAACCAACAAGUGGUUCAAUCGGGAGAGCCGGCAGUGUCCGAUCCCCAACCACAUAGGACAGAAGAUCACCUCCGGCAGCAGUGAUGAUGCUGUGGUCCAGCUGGUCCCGUUUGCCAUGAAGCUCUUCCACAAGAUGGUGGACAGCAGCACCACUUUCCACCUUACCCUCAUCAACGUUUGCUUCAGUAACCUUCAGAUUAGGGGCACUGCUGUCGGCGGAAAGGGCUCCAUAACAUCUUUCUUCACACAAAGAACGUCUCCCGGAAAAACACAAAUCUUCUCAUCGCAAAGCCAGGAUGGUCUUUCUCAGAGUGGGGAUAGUCACUGCAUGGAUCAUCAGUUCAUUACUCAACAUGCCUCACAGAGCUCUGAGGCAGCAUUACAUGGGGUUGAAAGAAAACAGAGCCCUGUUGUUGCUGUAAAAGACCCUCCACUACAGAAAGUAUCCUGCAGCCGAGCGAGGUCAGACCCUGAUAAAACAGAUAACAUGGUGACACAUCAGUUGCCCCCAAAUGUUGACCCAGAAGUGUUCAGGCUUCUCCCUGAAGACAUCCAGGAGGAACUGUUAUCUCCUGCCUACACAAUCUCUCUCCCCAGCACCUCAGUGAGCUCAGUUUCAGUCGUUGAUGUCUCCCACUUAACAAAAAACAAGUAUCCACAGUCAUCUACAGACUCGGAUCUGACCACAGCGAAUCACCAGAGUCCUGCAGGCACAACUGUAUUUCCAGGAGAAAACAUCAUGGAAGAGGGGAGACUAUCAUUCCCCUGGUCUUCUGACUGUGAGUUUCCAGGAAAUGUGGACCCUAAGGUGUUUUCUGAGCUUCCCCCAGAUGUUCAAAGGGAGCUGAUGUCUGAAUGGAAGCAACAGAAGCCGGCCCUGAAGACCCCCUCAUGCAGGAAACCAGGGAGAAGCUUGAUGACCAAAGACAGAAAAGCUGCAGGAAAAGGCAGUCAGGCAAACAAUUUGUUCAAGUAUUUCAAACCCAGUUAGAGAAGGACAUUGCCAAGUUAUUUUGUUACGUUAUUUUUCUUAAAGAUGGAAAAUAUUCAAUUUCCUAUUGUUGAGUUCUCGUGAUAUGACAUACUUUGUAAUUGAUUGUAUUUUAUUAAGUAAAAUCUUUCAUUAAAUCCUGUUUUUAUUGGCCAAUCAGAUAUCUAUGGAAAGCAUGCCUUAUACACAUAUAUAAGUAAUAUUAAGUUGAAUACCAGUUCACAGUGUGUGUUGUUCUUUGAUAGAGGUGUAACAGGCAGCACAACAUUAAUUACAGAUGUACAAAUUGGUCAGAUAGCCACAGCUUGAUUUCUGAUGCAUCACUGAAAAACAGUAAAAUAAUGUUCAGUAACAGUAAAGGUGUUUUAAAAAUCAUGCCAAAAAUAAGAACUGCACUGAAACAAAAGAGAGAAUGUGGCUAAUACACCAGCAUUAACUGACACUAUUAAGCAAUGUGAUUUAACAAACUACUUUUUUAGUUUGAAAAAUAAAACUAAACGGAGGGUUGACUUUUUCAUUUUGAAUUAAAAUUAUAUAUUUCAAGUUUUUAGUGGGGUGUUUGUUUUUUUGUCCACCCCGUAUGCCAGUGUUAAUAUGCAUAUCAGUUGCCUUUUUGAAAAUACGAAUAUAUUGUAAAUAAAAAGCUUAUUACAGAUUUCAUUUGACAUCUACAAA